AUUAUAUCGUCUAUUGGCAACUCUAUCUAACUCUCUUUCUUAAAGAAAAUACGUAGUGGAAAAUCGACAUGACGGAGUCGUGAAAAUGAUAUUAAAGUUAAUGAUAAUAUGCCCUUUUAGUAUCUUUAUGAUAAUAAAUUUGUCUCAUUAAUUGUAGGUAAUUAUCUUAUUUUAAAUAUUUGGUAUAAAAAGUAAACAAACUUUUUAUGUUUCAUUUGAAUAAGAUAUGUAAAUCAUGGAAAUAGAUAGUAAUGGUAUUCCUUACACAAAAAAAGGUGAUCAUGAACAAGAUAAGAUAUUACUUCAACCAUUUACUUAUAUUCUUCAAAUUCCUGGGAAACAGAUAAGAACUAAAUUAGCAAAUGCUUUUAACUAUUGGUUAAAAAUACCUGAUAAUAAAAUUCAGGCUGUUGGAAAUAUAAUACAAAUGCUACAUAAUUCUAGUCUUUUGCUAGAUGAUAUUCAAGAUAAUUCUAUUCUAAGAAGAGGCAUUCCAGUAGCACAUUCUAUUUAUGGUGUGCCAAGUACUAUAAAUGCUGCAAAUUAUGUUUUAUUUAUUUCUUUAGAGAAAGUACUUUCCUUAAACCACCCAGAGGCCACACAAGUAUUCACAGAACAAAUUUUAGAACUUCAUAGAGGUCAAGGCAUGGAUAUAUAUUGGAGAGAUAAUUAUAUUUGUCCAUCUGAAUCAGAAUACAAGCAUAUGACUAUUAAAAAAACUGGUGGACUCUUCAACUUAGCUGUGAGAUUAAUGCAACUAUUUUCCACUUGCAAGGAAGAUUUUUCACAACUAGCAGGAAUUAUAGGUCUUUACUUUCAAAUACGAGAUGACUACUGUAAUUUAUGUAAUCAAGAAUAUACAGAAAACAAAAGUUACUGUGAAGAUUUAUCUGAAGGGAAAUUCAGUUUUCCUAUUAUUCAUGCGAUAAGAAGUCAUCCCGAAGAUCAUCAGAUAAUGAAUAUUUUAAGGCAACGAACUAAGAAUGUUGAAGUAAAACGUUAUUGUGUAAAUUUAUUAGAAAAAUUUGGAUCAUUUGCUUAUACAAGACAAGUUCUUGAAUCAAUUGAUAGAAAAGCUAGAGAUGAAAUAGAACGUCUUGGAGGAAAUCCAUUAUUAAUAAAACUUUUAGAUGAAAUUAUAAAUUGGAAAUCACAAGAAACUAGACUAAAAGUUUAAUUAAACAUUCUAUUAAAUAAUAUUAAUGCAGCAAAUGCUUAAUUUAUUUAAGAAUGUACAUAUAUGGUAUAAUACUUAAUAUU